AUGGGUGAGUAUACAGAACUCGAAGAAGAGAACAUCGCCCUACAGAAAACUGUUGCUAACCUUCGUGGUGCGCAAGUGGAAUUUGAAUCAUUGAAAAUUGAUUGUACCAAAUAUGCUGAUGAAAUUUACAUGUUGAAUGCUGCAAUAGAAGAAAGUCAAUUGUUAAAGAAUAUUGCCGAGAAACAGGUGGAGGAAGCGCUUUUGGCUGCUCAACAAGAACGGGAGCAGCGAUUGGCUAUGAAGAAAGAGUUGGAUGCUGUAAAGAAUGCCGAACAUUUGAGUAGCUUAACCGAUAUGCUCAUGGGGUUGGAAAGGCUCGGAGAGGAGCCGGUACCUGCUCAGCCCUCAAAUGAUCUCUUCAGUGAACUUCAAGGAAGCACAGAUGAAAAGGUAAGAAACUAUUCAAACUUGCUGUUCCUCAUAUUCUCAUAAUU